AUGGCAUUGUUAUCGGCGAGCGUUAGAAACGGAAUUAGAGAGAGAAAAAUAUCUCUGUCCUUAGAAAAUAGUUUAAAUGUAAUUGACUAUCCGAAAAUAGACGCCGCGAAAAAUACAAAUAGAGGGAGAAAUUGGCGAUAUAUUGGAUGGUGGGAAGAAAUUGUUCCUCAAUUCACAAGUGACGAUUGGAUAGAAAAUUUUCGCAUGAAUAAAUCAACAUUCGAAUAUAUUUGUAAAGAAUUAAAUUCUGAGUUAAAGCCAAAAUUUAAUCAAUUACAACCCAGAGAACCAGUUGACGUUAGAAAGCAAGUUGCUAUUGGAAUAUUUUUAUAUGCAAGUUCUUGCGAGUACCGUGUUGUUGCUCAUCUUUUUGGUUUGCAUACAACAACUGUUCGGAAACAUAUUCAUCGAGUUACAAAGGCGAUUAAUAAUAAAUUAAUGCCCAAAUGGAUAACCAUGCCAAAUGAAAUUGCAUGCAGAAAAAUCUCCAAUGAAUUUGAAAAAAUUACAGGAAUGCCUAAUUUUAUUGGUGCUAUAGAUGGCAGACACAUACCGAUUCGUCCACCUUCCGAUGGAUAUCGAGAUUUUAUAAACAGGAAGGGUUGGGCAUCUUACGUUCUUCAGGGCCUAGUGGAUAAUAAUUUAAUGUAA